AUGAACGGGAACGGGAACGGGAACGGGCACACAAUUAGCGAGCAACUGCCGUCUUCUCCUCCCCCACCUCCAAAUGCAAAUCUACAAUUUGAAGAGAUUUACGACCAGUUUCUCAACCACAUACGAAUACAUCUACUUGACUUUCCACCAGAGACAAUCACCUCGGCAGUGGACACGCUUUUGGAGAUCCUUGGCUCGCAAAUCAACGUGUAUACCAAGCGAAAGGAGAUUAACGAGUUGUUGAAUAUCAAGAUCAGCGACGAUGAGUUGAGCCUGUUGAUCCAGCUAGCGGUGGCGCAUGGUGCCUAUUUGCAAAAACAUAAACUGGCGAUGGCGAAUGGGGAAGAGACGCGGGACCAGGUUGUUGCUGUUGACGUGGAUGAAAUGGAUGAGGAUGAAGAGGAAGGGGAGUAUGUUCGGGAGAUUAUCGAGAGUGCCAGUGCUAGUGAGAGUGAAGGUGAAAAUGAGAACGAUAAUGAGGCAGUGGUUGCGAAAAGACGACGGAUUGAAGAUGGAGUUUAUGAUUGGCGCACGUUUGCGUCUGAUACCCUGGGACUUGGCGUGGAUUCCAGCGGGGAAUUGUAUAAAAUCAUCAACGAUCGAGACUUGAGUGAGGCUCAGAGGAGGCAACAAUUGAGCAAACUAACUUCAGACGACAGCUUAGCGGAAAAGUGGAUCCAAAAUCGAUGGCGCAUCGUAUUCACAAAAAAAUUGCAGGAUAAUGAGCCCAAGUGUCAGAUUCUAAAAGAAAUGUACCAUUUACGACUAUACGACUUGGCUGCUGAGCUCCUUUUCGGAAACGUUGAAACUGACCACUUGAUAAAACAACUUCAGAAGCGAACUUUUUACGAAGAAAAAGCGAGCGAUUUGAAAAUCGUUUUGCCAAAAGGUACUUUCCAAGAGAAACUACCCAAUUACGAUAUAAUAACCGUACCAGCACCAACUGCAACCACCACUGCCCAAGAUGAUCUACUUCCAACUGCAACAUUGCCACCCUGGGCAAGAGAAGCGUUUCCCACCAACGAAACAACGAGCUUCAACAGGAUUCAAAGCAAAAUAUACCCCAUGGCGUUUGAGACGGAUGAAAAUUUGCUAAUUUGUGCACCCACGGGUGCCGGUAAGACCAACGUUGCUAUGCUUGCUAUGCUUCGCACGAUUCUGAACCACCAACAAGAUGGCCACAUCAACAAGAACCAGUUCAAAAUAGUUUACAUUGCUCCAUUGAAGGCUUUGGUGCAGGAACAAAUGCGGGAAUUUCAAAGGAGACUCACCCCUGUGUUUGGAUUGGUGGUGAAUGAACUAACUGGUGACAGCUCUUUAUCGCAGCAACAAAUUCAGGAAACAAACGUCAUUGUAACCACGCCUGAAAAAUGGGACAUCAUCACAAGGAGGAACCAUGACUAUUUGAAAUUGGUCAAGUUGAUGAUCAUUGAUGAGAUCCACUUGUUGCAUGACCAAAGAGGACCCGUUUUGGAAUCCAUUGUGUCGAGGGUGAACAGAAAAAACGAUCAUGAUGACAAUGACCAAGAAAAAGAUGAAUAUAAAAAAGAGGUAGUACCGGAAGCAGUCAGGAUUGUGGGGUUGAGUGCCACGUUGCCGAAUUACCACGAUGUUGCCAAGUUCAUCAGAGCUGAAGAACGCGGGGUUUUCUAUUUUGAUCAGACUUAUAGACCGUGCCCGUUGGAGCAAAAGUUUGUCGCAAUCAAGGAACAAAAGGCGUUGAAAAAGAAAAUUGCCAUCAACGAAGCAUGCCACGAUCAAACUUACAAAUGCUUAAAGCUGAACCAGCAAUUGAUCAUCUUUGUCCAUCUGAGAAACGAGACCGCAAACACGGCGGAGUAUUUGAUUGAUAAAUUUGCCGAUCUGGACUUGGAUAUCAUCACGGAGGAUAGCACGAGGGAAAUCUUGGCACAGGAGAGCGCCAGGGUCACUAAUGCAAAAUUGCAGCGGAUCUUGAGCUCUGGCAUUGGCGUGCACCACGCGGGGUUGACCAAAGAUGAGAGGACCUUGGUUGAGGAUCUUUUCGCCCAGGGCCACCUCAAGGCUCUUGUUUCAACGGCAACUUUGGCAUGGGGUGUGAAUUUGCCCGCGCACACUGUCAUAAUCAAGGGCACAGAAGUUUACUCUCCUGAAUCCGGUUCGUGGAUCCAAUUAUCGCCUCAGGAUGUGUUUCAAAUGUUGGGAAGAGCAGGAAGACCGAGGUAUGACACGCACGGUGAAGGUAUAAUCAUCACCACUAAGGACGAGUUGCAGUACUACCUUGCCAUUUUGAACCAACAAUACCCCGUUGAGUCUCAGCUUUUGGGCAAGUUGAUUGACAACUUGAAUGCUGAGGUUGUCCUGGGUGCCGUAAGAACCAUUGAACAAGGAAUUGACUGGUUGGGCCACACUUAUUUAUAUGUUCGAAUGUUGCAACUUCCGUCUUUGUACCUAGUUGGUGGACCUUCCCAAGAUGACCAAGCAAUGUUUGUCAAGAGAGCCGAGUUGGUGAAUGCCGCGUUCAAAGUGCUUAAUCAACACAGAUUGAUUGAGUACGAAAAUGGACAAGCCAAGGCUACCGAGCUUGGAAAGAUUGCCUCGUACCAUUAUAUCAGCUACAACACAAUCAGCAAGUUCAACAAGCUUCUCAAGCCAUGGAACCGAGAAGGAGACGUGAUCCAGGCAUUUGCCCACUCUGACGAGUUCCAUUUUGUGCCUGUGCGACGCGAGGAGAAGUUGGAAAUCAGCAAGUUGAUGGAAAAAUGCCCCAUUCCAAUUCGAGAAUCACCAGUUGAGCCGCUUGCAAAGAUCAACAUAUUGUUGCAGACUUACGUCUCAAGAAUCAACCUUGAAGGGUACGCGUUGGUUGCAGAUAUGAUAUACAUUAAGCAAUCGGCCGAUCGAAUACUCCACGCUCUUUACGAGCUAGCUAUUCUCAAGAAGUGGUCUAGUUUGGCGCGGUACACACUCGAGUUGUCAAAGUCGAUCAAGACGCGAAUGUGGUUGAGUGACUCCCCCUUGCGGCAAUUUGGAUCGUUGAUUCCACGCGAGAUUGUGAGAGCAUCAGAGUCGUCGCAUUUACCGUGGCUGCAGUAUUUCCACUUGACCACGGAGGAGCUUGCAGAAGUGCUCAACUUGAAAGGCGGCAAUGCGCAGUUGGCGACAAAGUUUAUUAAUGCAUUCCCCAAGAUUGACAUUGUCGAUUACGCUGUGCAGCCCGUCUCGGAAACUUUUAUGAGGAUCAAAGUUGAAUUCAAGCCACUGUGGAAUUGGAUCUUUGAAGUUCAUGGCAAGUUAGAAACGUUUGAAGUGAUCUUGGAAGAUGUCAAUGGUGUGGAAUUACUCCAGUAUCAGCAGGUGGUUGUGCGAGAACAUGAUCUCAACGAGUCUCAUAUUCUAGAGUUUUAUGUCGAAAUGGGGAAACCACUAGCACCAAAUUUAUUGUUGAGUUUUAUCAGCAACAAAUGGGUGAAUUGUACGUGGAAGACGGCAAUAAUCACCGAUUUGAUUUUGCCAAAAGACCGCUCGUAUUUCACUGAAAGGAAUGAAGACAAAAUGGAUGUUGAUGUUGAUGUUGAUGUUGAUGAGGGUAAGGACAAGGACAAGGACAAGGACACGGACUUGCCCCCAGUUUUCAGUUCCGAAGUGAGACAAAUUAUUUGUGAUGAUGAACAUUCAAGUUGCUUUAUUGGAGUAAACAAAAGCGACGAAAAGACAUUUACUCCCGACUUGGCCAUCGCGCACCACUUUAAGAGUUUCAACUCGAGAGUAGUCUACAUAAACCCGGACAAGAGAGUUCUUGAGGCGAAUUUAAAGCGAUGGUCUAGACUAGAACAACAACAGCAGCAACAACAUAAAGUUGUGAAACUAAGUGGCGAUUUGAAAACGGACGUGAGAAACUACAACAGGAGCAGCAUCAUUCUUGCCACUCCCGAGACUUUCUAUGCUUUAGUUAAACGUUGGAAGACAUGGAAAUCUUUCAGUUCAGCAGGUUUGCUCCUUCUAGACGACUUGCACACUAUCGAGAGCCACGUCAUGUAUGAGUUUAUGGUGAUUCGAAUCAGGCUACUCCAAACGCAGUACAUGGACAAAAAUCCGAAGUUGAGGUUGGUUGGUAUCGCUUACCCUUUGUUGGACGUGCGGGAUGUUUGCUCUUGGCUCAGCAUCGGCAAGUCGAAUAUCGUCAAUUUCCCUGCCUCUAUCCGACAACGUGAAAUCCAAGAUAUUAACUUGAACAUUGACGACAAUGAGUUUUUGUGCUCGAUACCUAGUUUUGACAAGAAAUCACACCAGAGCGUGGUUGUCUUUGUCAGUUCGAGUAGCGACGCAAUGAAAUUUGCCAGAUCCUUGCAAUUUGACGCUGAAGUUGGUGAAGAAAAUAAAAUUCUUGCGAAAGUGGAAAAUGCAGCAUUGAAAUUUGCCCUUUCCAAAGGUGUGGGGUUGUUUCUUUCCGAGUUUUCUGACCUUGAGCAGAGGAUAGUCUUGAGUUUGUUCAACAACAAGAAGGUUCCCGUGUUGAUUGCCACCAAGGACUCCAGCCAAUUUGCCAUCAAUGCGGAUGUCGUUAUGAUUGACAAGACUCAGUUUUACGAUGGGUACGAACACAGAGAUGUUGCAUAUGACUUGGUCACACUUUAUGACAUGGUGGGCACUUGUCAAGAGCAAAAGAACCAAGGCCGGGUUUUCAUCAAUGCGUCGAGUGGAACUAUAAACUACUACUCCUCUUUCAUCAACAUUGGCCUAAUGGUAGAAAGUCAGUUGCGCGCAGCGAUGCACGAGUUCUUUCUCGCGGGAAUCGUUGAUGGGUUGUUGAGCAAAAAGGAAGAAUGUGUCGACAUAUUGACCCACUCGUUUUUUUACAGAAGACUAUUGAGCAAUCCAAGCUACUACCACUGCAAAAACACUUCUUCAGAGGGAAUCUCGGAGUACUUGUCGAUUAUGAUUGAGGAUGUGUUUGAAGAACUUGUCAGGAACGAGUUCGUAGAAGAAGUUGGCAAGAUCGAUAAUGAUGAUGAGGAAGAAAAGGAAGAUGAAGAAGGUACUUUUGAGUUUAGUCCCUUGAACAAAGCUCUUAUUGCGUCACACUACAACUUGGCUCAUGAAACCGUUAAUGCGUUGGGCAUGAUGAAUGAAAAGAGUAAAUUGCGCGAAACACUACACGCGCUAGCCAAUGCUAUCGAGUUUGAAAAAAUCCCAAUCCGCAAGGGCGAGGAAACGGUUUUGAGCGAUAUUGGAAGAAGAAUGCCGAUGAAGGUUGGUUCAGUUCGAACUGUGACUCCAUCUUUGAAAGCGUUUAUUUUGAUUCAAGCAUACAUUUCCCGAGUUAAACUUCCGUUACUUUUGCAGCACGACCUCAAACAGAUUCUUGAAUUGCUAGUACCGAGGUUGUUGAAUGCUUGUGUUGAUGUCGCGGCGGGAGAAGGACAUCUAUCUGCAAUGCUAGUCAUGGAUCUCUCGCAGAUGAUUACGCAACGCACGUGGUCAAUUGACAACCAUCUCCGCCAAAUCCCACAUUUCGACAACGACGCCAUCUUGAAACGAAGCGAGACGCUUGGAGUGGCCAGCGUCUACGACUUUAUGAGUUUAGAAGACGACGAGCGUGACCAAUUGUUGGAGAUGGAUGAAGACGACGAGAGGUUGAGUGAUGUUGCCAAUUUCGUUAACCUGUACCCCAACGUCAAGCUCACUUAUGAUAUUGACAGCGCCACCACGGCGAAAGUGGAUGAGCCGCUCACUUUGCACGUUACUUUGGAAAGGGACGAGGAUAUGGAGUCGUUGGAAGUGGUGAGUCCCUUGCCGUUUGCUAAAACGGAGAAUUGGUGGAUUGUGAUUGGUCAGGCUGCUACUAACCAACUAUUUGCCAUUAAGAAAUGUCAAGGUGGCAAGACUGAGCAGAGUUUCGACGUUGAGUUUACGUUGCCCAAUGCGGGAGAGUUUGAAUUGACUUGUUGGGCCGUCUGCGACUCAUACCUUGAUGCUGACAAGGAAGCCUCGUUCCAAAUCACCGUCACGUGA